GGUCGCUCAGCAGCCAAUCGGCGCCGUGGGGAGGUGUCACCGGAUCCGUCGCUCGACAUCGAUUGGGAUGUGUUGCGCAGCGCCGCCGCUGCGACUACACCGGGUCGGAAUUCAGAGUCGGGUGAACCCGGGUAGUUCCGGUGUCUCGCGGCCAUGAGGACAAACGCCGUGUGACGAGAACAAUUGCGAGAAAGCAUGGACGCCUCGUCUCUGCGCGACUCGACGGACACUACCGACUCGGACGACCGCAAUGGACUAAGCGACGACAGCAGCUGCGACGAGCCCUGCUCGCCGCCCGCAUGUUCGGGUUACGGUCGCGUCUCCUCCUCGACGUCGGGGUCCUCGUCGUCUCACCGAAGACCCCGCAAGGCCACCCGGCGCAUGUUCACCAACAGGUAUGCACACGACCGCGAGCGGUGGCGACAGCAGAACGUGAACGGCGCGUUCGCCGACCUGCGCCGCCUGGUGCUCACCCACCCGCCGGACAAGAAGCUCAGCAAGAACGAGAUCCUGCGCCUGGCUAUCCGCUACAUCUGGCUGCUCAGCUCGAUACUGGACUACCAGCGACGCCGAGACCAGCAGCUUCGCUGCCCUGCCACCGCCGUUGGAGUCGUCGUGGGCAACGGCGCGCACGGCCGAGACGCCAACCUGCUCCUGUUGUGCUCGGUGCACGUGAAGCAGGAGCCGCCGGAUGAGACGGCCAAUGGACCCACGCCUCCCAGCUCGCCGGCGUCCAGUCUGAGCAGCAUGGCCGAGCCGUGAAUAGCGCUCUCCCGCGGGAGAGGGAACGAAAUGCGUGUACGCUUGGUUGCAUCGCGACUUGCUAGGGGUUGUUAAGAUCGGCCUGCGGGGGCUGGCGAUCUACGAAGAAGCGACCUCUGAACUCUUCUCAGCCCGCUGCGACAACUCGCUUUGUAAAGACAACAAUGGGCCUCGUCAACAGCCCGGCGGCGCCGGCAUGUCUCGCCACUUUCGGCGGGCCGAGUAUUGUCAGUUGAUUCACUGCCGCCUUCACGGUUUGCUUGGAGGAAGAGAACUCCUGGAAAAGAAUGUUUUGUGGUGCUUUCCCACGGGCCCCAGAAGUCGUCACAGUCAAAGGACAUACGCGGCGGCCACUGACUGCUGGGUCAGCUUUGGGAUCAAGAGGCGACUGCUCGGGUCAAGACCCCUGUCUACAAGAACUCUCUCACCUCGGUGUGUUCAGUGAAACCAAAGUGCGGACGUUAGUGUGUGAACCCUCCCCCUUAAAGGUGGGUCGACUACGAUGACUCUCCCAUUGGACGAAGGUAGAACGGCAGUUUUCUCUCACCUAGGGAUCUAGGGAGGGCAGAGUGUUUUAAGCAGCCGUUGACGGCUGCGUAUUGUGCAUUCUCUUUCAGUCAUGCUAGACCGAUGAACUGUAACUUUCUCCACCCUUCAUGUAGAUAUCGUAAAUAAAUCCCAUAUUCCUCGUUCUCGUUGAGAACAAGUCCCCCCCUUCAACGACGACCUUAGCGUGGAUCAGUCGGACGACGGCAUGGGCUAGCUACCACCUAUUUCAUGCCCGACCCCAAUCCUUACAGGGUGUGCGCACCCUCAGCGACGUGUCAUGCACAUAUGAAAUACUUUUGCAUAGAGUAAACACUCCUUAUAACGGAGUAAUAUGGACAUAAAAAUUGACUUCGUUAUUAAAGGUAUCUGGUUCAAAGUGAAUGAGCUAAAUGAGAGUCAUAGGAACGCGAGAAAAUGAAAUAUUUUCGAAUAAAGCGAUUUCGUUAUAACGAAGGUUUACUGUACAAACCUCGAAAUGCGAUAGUGACAUUGGAAAUACCGUCCUAACUUACAGACAAUUUCCUUGUGGAAAGCAUAUGAGCAAAUGUGUGGCAAAAUGAGCUCGUGAAAAGUUGCCUACCGUCAUAUAUCUCUUUAGUAAAGUGGCCGGCCUGUAACAAGCGCCGCCAAUCACAAGCUCGUUCUGAAACGUAUGCACGCGCCGGAGGAAUAUGACCUAGAGCAUAGCAGAUUCGAAAGAAUGACGCAGUACUGCUUGUGGUGCCAUUAUUGGGCUCACUGCGUGUGCUGAAACGACAGGCCCGUAAGGCGCCCGUAUUGCUAUCGUGGAAGGGGGCCGGGUUCCCAGUCGGCAUCAACGCUUUGAUGCGAUGACGUCAGUGCAGUAAAGCGUUUCAUGCAUUGUUUUUAGUUACGGAUAGCUUCGAGGCAGUAUAGCACAUGUAAGUUCUUCACGGAACCCCCCCCCCCCUCCUUCAUUAUUCCUUCACGUUCCUGUGAAUUGCACGGAGAAUGCAGAUAAACACGUAUAAGUAUACGUUAAGUAAUAGUUCAGUGGGUCACCCACAGCGGUACUAUAGGUACCAUCAUCACUGCGACGCACUUUAACCAUACUGAGCUUCCUCUACUCAAACGAGAUCUCUACGGUGCAGCGACUUCCUUCGUAUACAGCGUUUUUACGAGCAUUACUUGCGACGCAUCCUAAAAAAAAAGAAAGAAAAAAGAAGCCGUGCGUGUGUGCAGUGCCUAUGGCUAAACGCCCUUGUCAAAGCUGGCUUUCCCGCCGUACGAAGCAAUGUGGGGAGAAGCCCACUGCCAUAAUUUUCAAUAAGGUUACAGUAAGCUUCGUUAUGGGAAAACAUAAAAAUGAUAAAUGAACGUAGGUGCAUCGGCCGAUGCUCAAGCCUAGAAGCUCUCGGUUUCGAAAAUUCCGCUCAAACAAAUUUCGCAUCGGGACACUUAAGGCACGCAAUGCUAACGCCUACAACGAUUUAAGUCGCAGGUCGCGGUAAAACACUCCAUUUGUUUUCAAUUUCUCAUACACACACCUCAGAACCGAAGAGAUGGGCCCUCGGUAACAGGAAGAACAAGUGUACAGAGUUAUAUUAACGUGUCAAUUUGGGCUUAGGUCCUAAGCUUAAGCGCGUACGGGCACACAUAUACGAUUCACAUGUGUCCUCAGCUGCUGCCAGAGCGGCUCCUUAUAGGAGCAGAUCUUGUUCGUUCUUGAGAAAUAAAAAUAAAUAAAUUUGGAGACAACGUGCAUCGUUAUUCUUUAUAUUUAUAACCACAUUAACGUGGUAUAGCGUUCAAGUGUA